AUGGAUUACUACUUGAUUUUGUUCAUAUUCUUUGCUGGAGUGUCAGCUCAAAAUAAUUAUACAUGCACGUGUGAUACGACUGUUGCCACAGAUCCAAGCAGUGAAUGUACAAUCGAGAUAUUGGCAAGUGGCACCGUGAAUGUUCUGUCAUGUACAUGUACGACGAGUGGCUGGGUAAACACGUGGACGAAUGUCAGCAACAAGUUCUAUGCCACGUGUGAAUCAGUGGACACUAAUGUGACUCGAUGCAAUACAGAAGUGAUGUCGGAUAUGUGGAAAAACGUGACAAAAUACGCGGUGAUAGGAACUUCGAUCUUUGUCAUUAUCGUGACUUUUCUAGUGAUCUUCAUGAAUUGCAAAAGUAAAGGCCCUCACCGUACGCUUCAACUCUUCGAGGAAAUAGCUCUCGUCUUUCUCUUCCUCGCCAUGGGCAUCUUGCAGUUCUUCUUUCUCGAUAAAGCAACUCCAUGUAAAAUCGUUACUAUUGUCACACAAUUCAUGAUGACUUUCUUGAGUGGACUUUUUUUGAUGGAGGGAUAUUUUGCUCAAGGAAUGAUCAACUAUCGAAAACCAAAGAAUGCCGGGUUUGGGACGGCAAUGAAUUUGGUGAUUCCAUUGAUUUUGGCGUUGAUUGUCAGUGGGGCAACUUUCGCGAUUGAUAAUAAAUAUUACGGGAAGACAGGUCUCAGUUGUCAUGCGGUUACGAAUGUCGGCAUGAUGUAUGGCUUCAUUUUACCGGUUUGGAUUUUGUGCUUCACUGCGGGAAUUAUGGCUCAACGAGGGCUACUGAAAUGCAAAAAAGUUCUCCCUGAUGCCGACGAGAAUCAAGUCUACUGGGGAUAUAAAUCAGCUAAAGCCUUGGUUCCAUUUUCAACACUGAUCGUUUCAAUCUAUGUCCUCAUCAUGUUCGGGCUUGAUCAACAGCGGUUCUACAUUCUUCUGCUAGCUGCAUUCUUGAACAUCAUUUUGGCUUUCUACAUCUACGCGGCGCAUACUUUCUGCUAUAGAGAAUUAGCGAUGAAGAAAGCACCAGGCAUCGGUGGAAUCUAUCGACAAUGCCCUGAUCCAAACAAGAAGCCUAAAGAUGAUUACAAUGAUGAUGAUUAUGAUGAAGAUUCGACGAAAAGAGAUAAACCUCCACAAAAAUCUCCUGCUCCAAUUGAACCGAUUCCCGUUGAACAACCACCGAAAGUU